AUGGCCGGAAAGUACCGCAUCGUGAUGGUUCGCCACGGUGAAUCGGAGUGGAACCAGAAGAAUCUCUUCUGCGGCUGGUUCGAUGCGAACCUAAGCGACAAGGGCAAGGAGGAAGCAUUGGCCGCCGGCAAGGCUGUGAAGGAGGCCGGCCUUAAGUUCGACAUUGCACACACGUCGCUGCUAACCCGUGCCCAGGUUACGCUCGAUUCGAUCCUGAAGGAAUCGGGCCAAACGGCCAUCCCGAUCCAGAAGACCUGGCGCUUAAACGAGCGUCACUACGGUGGACUGACCGGACUGAACAAGUCCGAAACGGCGGCCAAGUACGGUGAGGAUCAGGUACUGAUAUGGCGCCGUAGUUUCGAUGUACCGCCGCCAAACAUGGAACCGGACCAUGCCUACUACAAUGCGAUCGUGAAGGACGAACGGUACAAGGAUGACCCGAAGCCAAACGAAUUCCCGAUGGCCGAAUCGCUAAAGCUGACCAUAGCCCGUACGCUGCCGUACUGGAACGACAUAAUCAUUCCGCAGCUGAAGGAGGGCAAGAACAUCAUCAUUGCGGCGCACGGUAACAGCCUGCGCGGUAUCGUCAAGCACUUGGACCAGAUGACCGACGAGGCGAUCAUGGGCCUGAACCUUCCGACCGGUAUCCCGUUCGUGUACGAGCUGGACGAAAACCUGAAGCCGGUCGUGUCGAUGAAGUUCCUGGGCGAUGAGGAGACGGUACGCAAAGCGAUCGAAUCCGUCGCCAACCAGGGCAAGGCGAAGUAA